AUGUCGUUACAUUUUCGAACAGUCCAUUUCGGCCUUAGCCAACAGUCUACCAGACAUGUCUCGAAGAUGGGCUCAUGCCUCUCGUCACGUACUAGUCUACGUACUCUAGCCUCACAUACAGAUCUCCCUAAAUCUCGUCGACGCCUUAAAUUCGACGCUACGGAACCAAUGACUAUCAAAGAAAGUCUCAAAAUCGAACAGAAACGAGAGGCACGGAAGAGUAUAGAAAGAGAGACUGCUUUGUACGAAGCCACACAGAACAUCCCAACAUUCACUGAGACGCUGAAGAACCAUGGGAAAUGGCCAUUGAACAGAGUUACACCCAGCAUUCUGCAGGUCAAUAUUGGCAAGCUUUGCAACCUUACCUGUCAUCAUUGCCAUGUAGAAUCAGGACCAACCAAAGUAAGGGAGAAUAUGGAUGCUCAGACAGUACAACGCUGUAUCGAGCUUGUUCAGAAAACCCCGUCGAUCGAGACCGUGGACAUUACUGGAGGUGCACCCGAGCUCAACCCGCACUUUCGAACACUUGUGGUGGAAGCACGAAAGCUCGGUAAAAGCGUCAUUGACCGCUGUAACCUGGUUGUGCUCUUCGAGAAGGGCCAGGAAGAUCUAGCGCCUUUCCUCGCCGAAAACGGAGUUCACGUUGUUGCAUCGUUGCCCUGCUAUACAGAGGACAAUACCGACAAACAGCGCGGAAGGCGCGUGUUCGAAGACAGUAUAGACGCGCUGAAGACCUUGAACCGACAUGGUUAUGGUCAGCAAUCUAGCCCAUUACGCUUGGACCUGGUCUACAACCCGCUUGGCCCGAACCUGCCUGGCCCACAGUCUUCACUCAAUGCUGCGUACCAUGAUCAACUCUUCAGAGAACAUGGUAUCGUGUUCAACUCAUUGCUGACUAUCACCAAUAUGCCGAUACGACGCUUCGCCGACUCACUACUACAGAGUGGACAAUACCUGCCAUAUAUGGAAUUGUUGACUAACUCCUUCAACGUAAGCACUGUCGACCAGCUAAUGUGUCGAAACACUAUCAAUGUGGCGUGGGACGGGAAAAUCUACGAUUGCGAUUUCAACGCCGCCAUGGGAAUGGGCAGAUCCAACGAGGCAGGACAGAGCGUUGAUUUGUGGAAUAUAGAUUCACUGGACGACCUAACCGGCAAUCGUAUCUAUACCGGAAAGCACUGUCUAGGAUGCACAGCUGGUGCCGGUUCUAGCUGUGGCGGUGCUCUGGAAUAA